AUGAUCGCCAUAUCGGCACUACUGCUGGAAGGAUAACGCGAAAAUCGCACCGCAAAUCGCGUGCAGGCUGCAAGAAUUGCAAGACCCGUCGGAUCAAGGUGUGUAGCCACGACAUGCCAUUCCGAUUAAGUCGAGUUUCGGUUCUUAGCAACCAGCGCAUCUCAAAGCAUGCUCAUAUGCAAGACUCUUCAAGACGUUGGAGACUACAGAAACUCUCUUGCUGGUACUUUUUGACUACCUUGUUUUCGGUGAAAUAGAUGAAGCAGACGGAUUGUGACCUGGAACUAAACUUUGAACAGUGCGAUGAGACGAAGCCUCAGUGCGCGAAUUGUAAACGGCGGGGGGUUCACUGCGAUCUUACUUUGCGAACCACGGCCACAUCUCCUCAUCCAGAACGCGAUGACAAAACCAGCGCUGUAGACUUGCCGAUGUCUGAGAUCGAGCUGACUUACCACUGGACUACCUCAACAUGCCACUCUAUCUCAGCUUGGUCUGAAGGUGCGACAACUUGGCAGGCGCUCAUGGCCGAUAUGGGGUUUGAUCAUCCAUAUGUAAUGCAUCUACUGUUCGCGCUUACAGCUCUCCACCUCGCAUUCUGCCGUCCAUCUCGGAAAGAAUUAUACACUACAACUGCGGACUAUCACUACGAACGUGCGUUGGCAUUGGUUACGCCAGAGAUAGCAAGCAUCAAUGCAAGCAACUGCGAUGCCGUCCUAAUAUCGGUUCAGACAAUCUGCUUCAUCAGCUGGGCUCGUGGGCCUCAACCCGGAGAGUAUCUCGCAUUUGGCCAAAAUGGUCGAUCUGAUUGGCUUGUAAUGUUUCGCGGCAUUAGAACUACACUUGAGAGUCUUGGAAGAGAUCAAUUCGUUAGGAGCCAUGUUCCAGCGUUACGAUAUAAAGGCCGCCCCCUGUCAGUACAGGAUGCGCCAGCGGCAUAUGAGAAGCAACUCGACGAACUCCAUGGUCACAUAUCAGCUAUUUCGAAAGACACUCCUGAGAGCGAAGACAACAUUAGUGCUGUUGAAAUCCUUCGCUCAUGUUAUGAAAAUCGCUAUCAAGGCAUAGAUGGAGAGUACCACAUUGCAUUUGCAUGGCUUUUUCGUAUGAAGGACGACUUUCUGGAUCGACUUCAGCAACGUGAUCCGACUCCUCUUCUCAUCUACGCGCACUUUGUCGUGUUGAUGCACGAUAUGGAGCGUUUCUGGUACAUGAAGGGCUGGACACAUCAUGUCAUGGGUGGAAUAUUUGAAGCCCUUGCCGUGGAGCAUAGAAUGUGGAUCAGGUGGCCGAUGGCAAUGAUUGGGUGGAUCGCCCCCUGAUAUGGACCUUGACAGCAUAUGUUCAUUGAAGAAGCAAAUACUCGUGAUUACCAGUUUGGUGAAUCCCCACUCUGUGAAGCUUACGCCUGCCGGUUCUUGGUCACGCUUGGAGUUUUCGAUAGGCCAUGUUGAAGUUGUACUCGUGUCAUCUGUGAGUUGGACAUCUAAAUUUGCAUCAGCAGUGAAAAUGGAUGACGUUUACCAAGUUGAUGAGUGGACGGUACGAAGUUGCAGGCUGUGGCGCGUUAUAUUCGUUUUAGCAUAGUAUGGACUCCAUACGGUGGCCGGAACAAUCAAAUUUCAACAACGCAAAGGUAAAGUAACCAGUCCCAAGCUAUGUAGAAGUAGCAGUAGGGGUUCAGCGCAAGACUCGAGGCAGGGUGCUGAGUGAAGGUGGGCAUG